AUGGAAUUAAACGAGAAAGAGAUAAGGCCAAAUCCAACUCCCAUCUGUGCGUUUGAAGGAACUAAAGCCCGGCUCAUUGGAGACGUGGCUCUUCCCGUCACUGCAGCAGGUAAGACUAUUUUCGUCACUUUUGUCAUCAUCAACUCACCAAGUGCGUAUAAUGCCAUUAUGGGAAGGGACUGGAUCCAUCGAAUGGAUGGGGAAGCGUCAACCAGAUGUCAACAAUUAGCGGAGGACCCACCACAACAAGAUCAGAAAAGUGACCAUCAAGAACCCUCGACUAUAAAACCACUGAGGGAAGAGGUUUUAGAUCCAACCGAUCCUGAUAAACAAAUAUGGGUGGGCUUCCUUCUAUCUGAUGCGGAAGUCGAAGAGUUGUUGAAAUUUCUGAGGAGCAACACUAAUGUUUUUGCAUGGUUCCAUAGGGACAUGACAGGAAUUGACCCGGAAGUGGCAUAUCACCAGCUGAAUGUGGAUCCGAGUUAUCCUCCACACCGACAAAAACAGAGGAGAUUUACGCUAGAGAGAAAUCAGAUUAUCAGUGUAGAAGUCGAUAGACUCCUCGAAGUUGGAUUCAUUCGUGAUGUCUGGUGCCCAACUUGGGUUUCAAAUGUCAUGGUGGUAGGCAAGAAAGAAAAAGGAAAAUGGCGCGUAUGUGUGGAUUACACCAACUUGAACAUGGUGUGCCAGAAAGACUGUUUUCCAAUUCCAAAAAUUGACCAGACGGUGGAUGCUACUGCCGGGUAUGCAUUGUUGUCUUUCUUAAACGCUUAUUCUAGUUCUAACCAAAUUCCUAUGGUUAUUAAAGAUCAAGAGAAAACUGCUUUUAUCACUAAGCGUAUGUUGUAUUGUUACAUCGUCAUGCCUUUCGAACUCAAGAAUGUCAGCUCGACUUAUCAAAGGGUUAUCUUAUCUAAAUUGGACUUAUCGGGAAGAAUUACGAAGUGGGCCAUCGAACUUAGUUCAUUUGACAUAAAGUAUCGGCCUCGAAGCGCAACUAAAGAACAGGUAAUUGAGGACUUUCUUGUAGAGUGUUAUCCUCGUGAAAGUUUGCAGGGUGAAUGCGAGGAAAUUGCGGAAGUCGACCUUAAUGAGACCAGGUGGGAGCUAUAUGUGGAUGGGUCAUCCAAUCAAGCAGGAGUUGGGGCAGGGAUCAUUUUAAUUUCUUCUGAGGGUGUAGACUCAGAGCGUUCGGUUCGGCUAGAUUUUCCUGCAUCAACAAUGUGGCGGAAUACGAAGCUCUUAUACUAA